GGUGAAGCAGAGACACACAGAAACAUGCUGCUGCUGUGGACUGUGAUACUGUCAGCCAGGACCACGGCCCAGAGUGGAGAGCCAGACUCAGGCAUGGGUGAGAACACAUACAGUCUUUUGAAUCAUCAACAAAAUCAUGGAUUGCUGGUCCCACAUCAGUCUGUUUGAAGGGACUAAUAUAACCUGUCAGCUUGUCUCUACCGGCUUCAAUUUGGAGGAUGAUGAGGAUGAAGACUAUGACGAGAUUCAGAGUAUAACUGCUUGUAAAUUGGGGGAGAACACAAAAAAGUGUGUGGAGGAAUUGGGAGACACUCUGAGCUCCAAAGACCUGAAUCCUUAUUUACCCAUCACUCUGACGGUUCUGUUGAAAAGAGGCCACCGCAUUGUGACAGAACUUGACCUCAAAAAAAUAAUCAAACCAAAAAGUCCACAUAUAUAUAACGUGACCCUGAACCAGGACGAGGCUCUUGUUCAAGUCCAAAUCCCGUAUCAGAGCGACUACCUGACAGUGGGCGACCUGCGCUUUCAGAUUCAGCUCUGGAGUGAAAAGACCAACCUGACACGGAACAUGUCAUCGGCCUCAAUGAGCAUCGGUUUGGACAAUCUGGACGGUGGCACUCAGUAUCAUGUAAAAGUGCGGGCUGUACCGUGGGAUUACUUCCAGGGCAGCUGGAGUGAAUGGAGCCAUGCCGUCACCUUCACAACGCCCACCGUGGAGACCAGAAACGGUCUGUUUGCAAUAGGUGGUACUUCACAAAACCGCUACGUCCAUUUGUGGAGCAUUAUACCUGCUGCUGUAGUGGUAGUGAGCGUGGUGUUCACAUGGAAAAAUAAAAUACUGACCUACAUAUGGCCAAGCAUACCACAUCCAAAAACAACUCUUAUGCAAAUAUGUGGGCCAAAUAACGGCCUCUUACUGAUCUACAAACCAGAGGAAUUCAGCUCCCUAAAUGUCCACUCCAACAUGAGCUCCUCCACAGGACUGGCCUAUGGUGAGACAGAGCCUAUGUUGUCUGUAGCGGGGACAGAGGAGAGCCCAUCCUGUCCCACCCCGAGCACAGAUGCGUCUCUGAGCAGCAGCAGCGUCCGCACAGAGGAGCUGGAGCUGCUGAGCCAGAGCAGCUCAGAGGGGGAGCCCGAUGUCCCAAAAGAAGCUCUGCCCAUUCAGAACACUGUCCAACAUGUAGAGGCGCCAGAGACUCCCCCACUCCAGCACAGUAACAUACAACAUGAAAGGGACGAUUCCUAUGUCACCAUGUCCAGUUUCUACCAGAUCAAAACAGUGGGGACAGAUAACAAAUCAUUCGUCACAAAUUGGAGUGCAACUUAAUCUUUGUUUGGGAUGUUUUUUUUUUCUUUUUUCAAAGGGAUAUAACAGUUAACCAUUUUAAAUUAAUUACAAUUUUAAGAUAACAUUUUUAAACAUAAUUAGGCAUAGUUAAAUAAGGGUGAUUUAAAUAGCAUUUCAAAUAUUUUUUCUCCCCAAAAUAAAAUAUAAUAAUAAUAAUAAUAAACCAAAUUGGGGUCACAAUUGAAAUCUUUAAGUUUUUUAGACCAAUGGUGCAUUGUUACAUCCCUGUUUUUCAUGUACAGUAGAACACACACUCAGGUUUUCAAUGCUGCUUCCUCAAUCAAUGGAAACCUAAUUUUCUGUAUGUUUCUGUAUAAAUAGAUUCUCUCAUUUUAUAGAAGUGUGAAGAAUCCCUCAGUCGUCCAGGUAGAAUCCAUGGCGAGGAGAAAAUUCAGUUUGUCGACUGGACAAAAAAAUUUAGUUUGUUUGAAGACGUUUCGCAGCUCAUCCAAGCUGCUUCGCCAUUUUAUAAAACAUUAUCAAAAUCAUUGCACAAAGGUAAUGAGCCUAAACAUUCAAUCAUACUGAGCUGCUCCACAUCUGCACUUCUGUUGAGAACUUGCAUUUGUUUUGUAAAAACCUGUUCAUCUGUUCUUGAUCUAACACCACAUCACUGUCUGUGGCUGAAGAAGGAAAGGUAAUGCUUCACCAAGCUGCUUUAACUCACACAACCACCACCUCGGAACUGCUAAUAAUGAAAAACAUGCAGUAUACUUUGUAACCCAUGCUUUAUUUACUUAUAUUUUGUAUUUAUAUGUAAAGUUUUGUUUGUUAUUAUACACAGUGAUGACAAUGGAUUUAUUAUGAUGAUUUAAAAAUAUAAUUGUAAGAACUUAAAUAAAGUAUAUUGAAAAUUGA